AUGGGUGUGUUUAGCAUCUUUGGAGGAGGAGCAAGCAAUAGCUUUGACCCGGAAAAGUUUGAAAAAGAGCUCAAUACAAUUGCCGAGGACAUCAACAAGACCAAACAGCAAGUGAUUCGAGUAUCGUCUCGGAAAAGGUCAAUCAACAACAAGUUGAAACUAUACCUGGUGAUACUAUACGCGCUUGUCCUUGUCUACUCGUAUAUAUCAAUACCACAAGGUACCACAGCCACGAACAGGAUCCAAUGGUUCAUCAAGGGCCAGUCGAGAUACAGCAUUUACACGCUCGUGGGAUUCCCCACUUUGAUCAUCAUGCUAAGUAAAGCCAUCAAUUUCAUCUACAAGUAUAUAAUCAAGGGGAAGGAGACCUAUCUUGUAGCAUUGAAGAAGAAGCACAGAGCCAAGAUUGAAGAGUUGAAAAAGAUUACAAAUUUCAAUGCGACGAAUGAGUUGCUAAACAAAUACGAUGAAAAAGUGGUCCCUGUGCCUCAGCAGCAAGUACCCGGGCAAGCACAGUUGCCAAACAAACUAAGCAAGAAGCAAGCUGAGUUGAGAGCACAAGCAUUAAAAGACUUGAACAUCAAACAAACACCCAAAACCAACUCACAACAACAACAACCACAACCAGGUGCUAAGCCAGAGCCUGCAUCAACUAACGAUUCUCCGGCUAAGCCACAGGCGCGCUCAAUACAGGAUCGGGUAUUGGAUAUACUCAUUGGAACCGAUAAUUCUGAAUCAAUUGAACAUAGAUAUGCCUUGAUUUGCUCUCAUUGUUUUCAACACAACGGACUUGCUCCUCCGCACUGCGAAGACCCGCUGAGUAUUAGGUACCUGUGCUGGAAAUGUGGCGGAAUGAAUGGGAAAGGCAUGUUGUUUGACCAACCACCAGCGUCUCCGCCCCUGUUGAAAGAACGUGGCAGUGCAGAAUCUGAAAAAGUGGAUGAGAAAGGUGAUGAGUCUGUGAAUAAAUCCAGCGUGGCAAAAGACUCAGCGGAGAAACCGGCGGAGAAGUCAGUGGAGCAGCCAGUAGGUGAAGCAGCGGUUGAGGUAGCGGUUGCCGAUGUCGUUCCAGAGAAACCGGUGGAGAAGUCAGUGGAGCAGCCAGUAGGUGAAGCAGCUGUUGAGGUAGCGGCUGCCGAUGUCGUUCCAGAGAAACCGGAACCGGAAUCAAAAACAGAAGAAGCGAAUACACUUGGAAAUUUUGAAAAAAAGGUUGCUUUGGAUUUAUAG